AUGUUUAUGGAUUUAUUUAUAACCUUCCUGCAGCUGCUUGAAGCCGAGGGCUCGGAAGAAGUAAAUAGCCUCGUUUUGCCAUUCGACUAUCUCCUUCCAGAUUCAAGGUUUGGAGGGGUCAAACAGGGAAAAGAUGCUCAUCUGGUUGGCUAUAGGGCCUGGGACCCAAGACCUGGCGAGAAGGCUCAAAUGUUUGUUAACGUUCCUACUAAAUCGACCAUUGUUAGUUGA